GGUCCUCCACCCCCAUCCCCUCGGCCCCGCCCGCCGCGCGUCAGCGCCGCCCGCGCCGAGCCCCCCGCGCGCUGCUCCCGCGAAGAUGGCGGCGCACCGACUGCUGCUGUCGACUGGUGCGCGCCUGCUGCGCGCCGCGCGCGGACACGCGAUUUGUGGAUGCUAUUUUUCUACCAGCUCUCACUGCAACACCAAGUUUUAUACUGAUGCUGUUGAAGCUGUAAAAGAUAUACCUGAUGGGGCAACUGUGCUUGUUGGUGGUUUUGGAUUGUGUGGGAUUCCUGAAAACCUCAUUGGGGGUUUACUGAAGACUGGAGUAAAGGGAUUAACAGCAGUCAGUAAUAACGCAGGUGUUGACAAUUUUGGACUUGGUCUUCUGCUUCAGACUAAGCAGAUAAAACGCAUGGUGUCAUCGUAUGUUGGAGAGAACGCCGAGUUUGAACGCCAGUAUUUAUCUGGUGAGCUCGAAGUUGAACUUACACCUCAGGGUACGCUCGCUGAACGUAUUAGAGCAGGAGGAGCAGGAAUCCCAGCAUUUUACACCAGUACUGGCUAUGGGACACUGGUGCAGGAAGGGGGUGCACCUAUCAAAUACAACACAGAUGGCACCAUUGCCAUUGCCAGCCAGCCAAGAGAGGUGCGAGAGUUUGAUGGCCGUCACUUUAUUCUGGAGAAAUCAAUUACAGGAGAUUUUGCUCUUGUGAAGGCAUGGAGGGCUGAUCGUGCUGGAAACAUCAUUUUCAGGAAAACUGCAAGAAACUUCAACCAGCCUAUGUGCAAAGCUGCCAAGACAACUGUGGUAGAGGUGGAAGAAAUUGUUGAUAUCGGAGCAUUUGCUCCAGAAGACAUUCAUGUUCCCAAAAUCUAUGUCGAUCGCCUGAUACAAGGAGAAAAGUUUGAGAAAAGAAUUGAACGCUUAUCAAUCCGAAAGCCUGAAGACUCAAAAGCCAAGCAAAAACAAGGAGACAAUGUGAGGGAGAGGAUCAUCAGACGGGCUGCGUUAGAGUUUGAGGACGGCAUGUAUGCUAAUUUGGGUAUUGGAAUCCCACUGUUGGCCAGUAACUUCAUCAGUCCAGACAUAACUGUUCACUUACAGAGUGAAAAUGGAGUCCUGGGUUUGGGUCCUUAUCCACUUGAAAAUGAAGUAGAUCCAGACCUGAUUAAUGCAGGUAAGGAGACAGUCACUGUUCUUCCAGGUUCUUCUUAUUUCUCUAGCGAUGAAUCAUUUGCAAUGAUAAGAGGAGGCCAUGUUGAUUUGACAAUGCUCGGAGCUAUGCAGGUGUCUAAGUACGGUGACCUGGCCAACUGGAUGAUUCCUGGUAAGAUGGUGAAAGGAAUGGGGGGUGCCAUGGACCUGGUAUCCAGCGCGCAGACCAAGGUGGUUGUUACCAUGGAGCACUCAGCCAAGGGCAAUGUCCAUAAGAUCUUGGAAAAGUGCAGUUUACCACUUACUGGGAAACAAUGUGUAAACCGCAUCAUUACAGAGAAGGCUGUGUUUGAUGUGGACAAGAAGAAGGGAUUGACCCUUGUGGAAAUCUGGGAAGGGCUGACAGUGGAUGAUAUCAAGAAAAGCACUGGCUGUGACUUCACAGUUUCGCCAAAACUAAUGCCAAUGAGGCAGAUUUAAACGUGAAAUACAGAUUGGGCUUAAUCUGCCAGAAGGCUUGUGUCCAAAUGGGAGCUCAGUGAAGAGAAAUCCAUGACUGUUUUGCAAUUUUACUUCUCUCUUUUCUUUUUUUUUUUUUCCAAGGGCUUUGUAAGUAGUGUCCACAUAGUUAAACUCAGGUUGUGACUAUCAGCCUAUAUUGUAUUUUACUUUCAUAACCUUACCAGUUUUAAUGGAAGGGUGAAUUCAUUCCCUAAAUUUUGAACAAUGUUAUGCUAAAAUGUUAACGAACAUUGUCAAAAAAAAUGCCUUGCAGUCUCCUUGCCUAAUACCACACUUUUUACACAGAUUCAGAAAAUGACCAUGCAAAACUUAUGAUUGCCUCUGUUUUUUCUAUGUCAUGAAACUUACAAAUCACUCCAUUGCUCUGGAACUAUAGCACUUAUCAUAUCCAUUCUCCUGUAAAGAUGUGGGGAUUUUUCUGGAGGGGUCUGCAGCAAAUGUAUGUAGCUGUAGAGAGAUACCAAGGGUAUAGACUCCCCUUUUCCUGAACUUUUUAAUGAGUCUCUGAUGAAACUGUUUAUACCAGUGGGAAUAACUGAGUCCUAGCCCUGAAUGUAUGCUGUUUCCGCAAAGUGUCUCUGUUGGAAUUAAAAAGCUGACACCUCUCAGAGUCUAACUCUUUGUGUAAGUCUAUUAGGCACACAGUUGUCCCACACAAAUCACUCCUUUGCUCCAUGUAUAAUCCGUCUCUCCAGACUCUGUCCAAAGGCAAAUGAAGGUUGUUUCUGGAGUGAAACUCUGCUUCCAGUGUUACACAGAGAAACAGGGGAAGAGAACGUUAUGGGCACUUGGAAGAUUUCUUCUGAAGGGAAUACAGUUGGUUAAGGGUAAAAGCAACAAGUUUGCACCAUUUGCUGAUCAAGGCAUCAGCAAAAACUAAAAAGUUUAGAACCCAAACUCAUGAUAGCUAGAAUUAAUGCCAUGAGACAAUCAAAAUGAAAGGUCAUUAUCUCGUACUGGUUCUGCUCUUUGAUAAAGAUUUUCCUUUCCCUAUCAUUAAUUCCAAAAUGACUGUUAUUUUUGCAAAUAGAUAAUACGAAAGCAUUGGACCUCAUAUCCCAAAUCAGCACUAUAUAUCUUUAUUAUACAGAGCAUGAAUUGCCUGGAAAAUACAGUGUUCUCUUCCAAGUAUAAUGGUUUCUGUAACUCAUAUAAAUAGGAGCAUGUAAAACACUUCAGCUAAAACAAUUCCUGACAUAAUGUUUGCCAUUAAGACUGGAGUGAUUAAUUGACUGAAAAACAUGUGAAACAUAGAUGCACAAAUAAAUACAUAGGUGUAUAUUCCUAUCAUACAUGUGAUAAGCACUUUUGGGUUAUAGCAUAGAAGGGCAUUCUAAUACUGUGAUAAAUGGAUGAGACAUUCACCAUAGUUGGUGUGUGUUGUGGAAUGAAAGUUAACACAUUUCUAGGAAACUAUAGAAAAAAUCCUGUGAUACUUAGCUCUUGUGCUAGCCUGUGUACUGCAUUAUUCCAUUCUAGAGUCAAAAGUGCUUCUCUUUUAUGGGACAGUUAUAAAAUUUGUCUUUAUCCGCACAUGGGUUUUAUAGCAAUAGAAACUUGUUUUGAUUAGGGGGAAUAUUUUAUUUAGUUGCACUUACUCUGAACAAUUCUUUUAUAAUCUUUUGUCAAUACCAGAAAAGGGUAUUGUGCUUCCCACAAAGGAAUAAACAAAACGCCUUUGUAAAGCACUUUAAUACUAGUACAAAAGUACUCCCAUAAUACUAAGUUGUAUGGCUUGAACUCAUGGGUAGUAAUGGGUGGGUGGUAGACCGUUGUAUAGCCUGAGUGUUUAGCCAAGACCCGAUGCUGAGCCCAUGAGAAAGAAACAUGCAUUAAUCAAAAUGCUCCAGAAUAUCGUAAUCCAGGAGUAGCACAAGUUAGUUUUUGCCUAGCUUUACUUUUCACCUAUUUUCUCUAUUUUGGUGUAUUCCCUAUGCUAUUCGCUCAUUCCAGUCAAGUAAGUUUCUUAAAGUUUGGCCAUUAACUAUUGCUGUGGAGGUGGACUGAAGCUCUGGUCACAAAGGUUUUGCCAGGAUGAGUCUGAAAACCUAUUAUACAAGAGAAGAGAAUUACUACUAAGUUAUACAGAGGAAAAAAAAAUGUUUAAAUAGCUAGGGAAGUCUUAAAUAACUCUGUAAAUGAAAUGUUGAUCUGUUGCAAUUGUCUGUGCUACAUUAGUUGUGGGACUGUUUAGUUAAUUGGAGCAAACAUUUACUGACAUAAAACACAGGAGAAGUGUCUGAGGGCAGCAUCAGGUGUGUGCUGCUGCUGUGACAGAACUUUGUUUUGCUGGCAUACGCACAGAAGCCAUAGUUGUCAUUAAUGUAUGGCUGCUAAAAAUCUAAUGACCUAGUAAUGUCUGGGAGUUCAGCACCUUGGUUUCUGAAGCAAAGAAUCAGGAGGCAAGUACUCCUGAGUUUCAGCUUUUCCAGUUCUCUACUUACUGCCUUGAGAAAUGUAUCUGUUCUUUCUGCCUUGUUUCAUGUUGGUGGAAAAGGGGAUGUUCUUCUUCCUACCUCACAGGGAUGUUGUGAGGAAUAACCAGCUGACGUCUGUGCAACAGGAUAUUUCUUCUGUUCAGCUUGGAGAUCACACUUGAUCAAGAGUGUGGAAGAGUACUUGAAGACUGUCAUAUAUGCUGAAUGUUCUGUGUCUUCUCUAAUUUGUAUCAGUGUUAAUGCAAGAGAGAAAAAGUUGAUAUGGUACUGAAAACUGGGGAAGAAAGGAGAACAGGCUCUCUCCGUAUACAACAGUGGUGCAAAUAUCUGUAUGUCACACUUGAAUUUUUCUAAUCUUGAGGACAAUAUAUUGCAGUAGAAUAUUGGUAUUGUUAUGAAAAUGUCACAUGUCCGCACAAGCUAAUGCAACAAGCUGUGACUCCAUUUUUUUUAAUUGAUUCCUAAAGUAGGAUUAGAAGUUAAAACACUCCUAAGUAUUUCCUUCUUUGUGGUCGCAAGUGUGGUUCAUACGUAAGGUAUCCUCUGAGCAGUGGUCACAAUGAUCACUAUUACAGGGAUUAGAGCUUCUCAUUUCUCUUCCGUGGUUGAUGGUAUGCAUGGAGGUUUAUUGAGACAUCACUGAGAUCAUCCCCUGCUUGACAGCCCUUCACAACACAACUACAGUUGAUAUUCUUUCUCCUGAAGAAGAUGACAAAUCUGCUACGUUAUCACAUGGGGCUUAUUUCGCUUCAUAUUUUAUUGACUUUUUGUCCCUGAAAAAAGCAAAAAAAAAAGAAAUAUUAUUGAAAAAUGUAGUUGCACUGUAAACUCUUGUAACUAAAUGUCAAAGUCCUUCUGUGUAUUUGCAAAACGAUCAAUAAAACAAAGAUUAAAAAUUC